AUGUCUCCAGACGUGGUUUAUCGACCUCCACCUGGUCUUCGCACCAGUCUCGACGACUUUCGUGACCGGAUCAAUCGCGAAUUCGGCCUCUCUCUGAACGACUACUAUGACUUACACGACUUCUCUAUUCGACGGCUUAACGACUUCUGGAUGUCCCUUUGGAACUACUUGCCUGUUAAGGCCUCUGUUCAGCCGAGUCGAGCCGUGGACGAGUCGAUAACGAUUGAUCAAUUUCCUUCCUUCUUCGAGGAGGCACGUAUGAACUAUGCGGAGAAUAUGUUGGCGAAGGAUGACGACAGCAUUGCUUUGAAAUGCAUGUCCGAAGCAGCUCUGACGCCGAGAGCAGUUACUUGGACCGAACUAAGAGAGCUGGUGCGCCGUUGUGCCGACGCAAUGAAGGCUUCGAACGUCUCGAGAGGCGAUGUCGUCUGCGUGAUUGGAGGCAGCACGGACUUGUCACUGGCACUGCUGCUAGCGUCCGCUUCUCUGGGUGCAAUUUGCUCCUCUUUUGCAACCGAUGCAGGAGAACGAGUCUUGCUUGAUCGAAUCGGACAGUUCCGUCCGAAGCUGGUCUUCUCGGAUUCCGCAUAUCGAUACAACGGCAAACGUCACGAUAUCUCACAGCGCAUAACCAAAGUGUACUCCUCCCUACAGAAGGCGCCUGGGGCUUCCCUAGUCUGCACGUCGGCUGAGACACCCGAUGGUUGGCAGUCGCUGGAAGCCUUUUAUCGUCGUGGCACAGGCAGACCACUGAGCUUCGAGCAGUUGCCUCCUUCACAUCCAUUGCUCGUGGGCUUCUCGUCCGGCACGACCGGAACGCCGAAGGGAAUCGUCCACUGCCAUGGCGGGCUAGUCAUCAACGGCAUGAAGGAGAAUUUCCUCCACCGAAACUUUGGCUCGCAGAGGGAGGUGUAUUAUCAUUACUCAGGUAUCGGGUGGAUUUUAUGGAACAUCAUGCUAGGUGCACUGAUGACUGGAACGACACUCGUUCUGUACGAUGGCUCUCCAUUCUAUCCCUCACCACAACGGUGUCUCGAAGCUGUGUUUGCCGCCGGUACGACUGCGUUCGGCGCGGGGCCUCGAUACUUCUCCGAAUUGCAGAAAGCCAACGUCAAUCCCAAACCGUUCACCAAGAAACUGAAAAUGGUCCUGUCUUCAGGCGCGAUCUUGACAGAAUCACAGUCGAAAUGGAUCUCGGCUGCAUUUGGCUCACCCUGCCAAGUUUCCUUCAGUGGAGGCACAGAGCUGUGUGGCAACUUCAUUGACGGCACCUUGAAUCUCCCUGCCUACGCCGGAGAAAUGACCGUCAAAGCACUGGGCAUGGACAUUGACAUCUUCGAUGCCGAAGGUCAUCCAGCGAAACCCGGCGAAAGUGGGGAGCUGGUCUGCAAAAAGCCAUUCCCAAAUAUGCCGGUCUCCUUCUGGAACGACCCGGGCAAGAAAAGGUAUAGCGAAACUUACUUUUCGACGUUUCCACACGUCUGGAGACAUGGAGAUUUCAUAAAAAUGAACCCGGAGACAAAGACACUGGUAAUAUUGGGCCGCAGUGACGGUGUAUUGAACCCUUCAGGCAUCCGCUUCGGCACUGCCGAGAUCUACUCCAUCAUGGAGCGCGAGUUUGCGGAUCAGAUACUGGACAGCAUAUGUGUAUCGCAGCAGAGACCGAGCGACGAUGUCGAGCGAGUCUUUCUCUUCGUACGUCUGAAGCAGGAAGACCGCUUAUCACCUUCUUUGGAUAAAGCCAUCCGCGAUCAAAUCGCAAGGGACCUGAGUCGACGGCAUGUGCCGCAGUACAUCUUCGCGAUGCCGGAGUUACCUUAUAAUGUGAACGGCAAGAAGCUCGAGAUCCCUCUGAAAGGUGUGCUCUCUGGUGGCAAAGACUUCCUGGCAAAGACUCGCAAUACUGCGGAGGAAAAGGCUGUCCUUGAGCAAUAUUUGCCGUACCACGAGGUUGAACAGCUACUGGCCGAACAGAAAGGACCGAUCAAGGCCAAGUUGUAA